AUGGUAACUAAUUUUAUACUGUGCAAAAAAUAUUCUCACUAUUUUAUCAUUCAGCUCCAUUCGGAUCGUGAAAUUGGAACCUAUGUUUCUGAUCGAUAUUCUUACUAUGCGUUUCAGUUUUUGGAGUCUGUUACUCCUUCGAGCAAAAGAACAUUGUAUGAUUUUUCCCAAUUAUGCUCUUUCUCAUUAUGUCAAUCAACUGUUGUCACUCGAUCUGAUUUAUUCAGACGUGAUAUACGUCGCGUACUUGUUACAGACUUUUUUGGUAGCGUACGUCAUAUAAUCCCUGGACCAGUUAUAGAAAUUAACAAUUCCACUUUGUAUGAAAACAAUACAUUAAGUAAACACUGAAAAGAAGCAUGUUUCGUACGUUACACCUCUUGACAUGUAUAUGUGAUACUAGUUUUUAAAUUAAAAUAUUGUACAAUCCGUUGGACCAUUUACAUACAUUUUUCUGUAAUUGUUUUAAAAUUUAUUGAAUUUCGUUAAUAUGACGCCAUAAUUUUUGUAAUAACACCAUAGGGAAGAGCUAAGUUUGUUAAUCGCUAUAAAUUCUCAACAUUUAUUUCAGCCUAUUAAUGUUUUAAGUACAGCUUUAUGGUUUGAUGCUAUCAAAGUUGUUUUUGAUUUCCUAAGCGAUAGUGUAAUUCCCUUCAGUGCAAAAAUACAUGACUGACAUUUGUUUCAAAGAUUAGUUUGAGAUAUGAAGUUCUUUGUGACAAUGUGUUCAUAUUAAGGAAUUUCGCCUUGUUAUUCCAGUUAUUGCUUCCAAUAAAAUGGCGUGG